AAUCUUCAAGAGUUCCUUCGGCUGUUCUUCAAGGAGAAGUAGCAACCUUAAAUCAGGGAAUCCACUGUGAAAUGGCCCUUCUUCCUUGUGAUGACGUGAUAAAUGAAGGUGUCUGUGACAUCAUGUAUCGGCGCUGCAAGAAAAACCCGGGUCACUUACUGUUCACCCCCGUCGCCGAGUUAACUUUGGAGGACUUGCCGGUGGAGAGCAGACAUCCUAACAUUCUUGUUCAAAUCAAGCAGCUGGCAUUCUCUGUGGUGCGCCUAAGGACCAAUUACACAUCAACUCACCGGCCAGACAGAUUUGGCCUUCCCAGUCUUAAAGGAACGCGUAAACUACGAUUCGGAAGUGGGUGUAUCUUGAGUAAUCUGAGUGAACUUUCAGUGUCCAAGGAAAGCAAGCUCGUGGUUGAGAUAUCUACGGCAGCUCAUGUUGUUUUUGAUGAUGAUGAAGCUAAAAGCACUAGGGUAGAGUGUUUUUUACAGAGUGACACAGAUUUUACAUCAGUCGCAAAUGGCAAAGGUGUGAGAAUAGUUCACGUAAAUGUGGAUCAUGACUUUUGCAUUUUUGAGUGUGAAUUCGCCCAGUCCAAGCAGUUACUACAGUUCUGUUCUAGUGUGAAGAAGGCCAAGGAAGAUUGUAAAACAAACAUUUGGCCAUUUGUGAACAACCCUUUAACUUUUUCUAUUUCUCACCCUCAUGGCACAGCUCAAAGAAUCUCUUUUGGGAGUCAGCUUCAGAGAAACUCAUUGAUUGCAUCUGAAGUAACUGUAAAUGUUAUGAAAAUUUUUAGCUCCAGAGUGUGGCAGAAACUUCACGUUGACCUGAAGAAGAUUUGGCAUUUUAUUGUGUGUGAACUAUGUCUGAAAGACUUUCAACUUCCUCUUUCAUCAACGUUGAAGGGCAAAGACUUAGCAAGUAUUGUUGCACACUUGGUUUCGAAAGAGUUAAUAACUCAUCCUUUGGAAACUGAAUCUGAACAAUUAAAAGGAAUUUAUAAAGCGCUUGUCAAAGAAAUUGCAAAGGUCAUUGUUUUGAGACUGGUUUCUGGUCAAGGCAGUACAUGUAAUGUGGAUAAGAAGAAAGUCAGGCAGACAGCUAGCUAUGAAGCGAUGAGAGCUGAGAUCGUGUCAGAAAUGGCAUCGCGAGUACACCUUGUCCCAGAUUUUGAAGGCACUCUAGAACGUAUCCAUUUUGCUAUCACAAGCGAGACAGUAAAAGAGAUAACUGGUCUUCAUCUCCCAGCGACGUUUUGUUUACUGCGGGGCAUGGAUUAUGCCGUACCCACUUGUCCCGGGUCUUCGGGGGCGCCGGUGUUCACUGUGAACACUAGGGAAAUGGCAAUGGUCAACCACUCUCGUGCCAGAGAGAAACUUGGCUCAGGAGGGGUGGGCUUAUUUGUGAAAUUUACCAAGUAACCCCCUCCCUCUCCCCCUUUUUAUUUUUAUUUUCAAUGUAAUUAUAAAUAAACCUAAAAAAAAAGAAAGAAGAAAGAAUUAUAGAUCGGCCACAGCACCACAGAAGCGCCCCUGACUGCUGAUGAUCGGCUACCAUGACAUCUGGGGGGUUAAUUGGUGUGGUCACUACAUAAGGAUGUGUGUUACGACUUCACUGGGGAACUCAGUCAGAGAUGGAAAGCCAUUAGAGGAGGAGCAAUGAGAUGAUUGGAUGAGUGAAAAUUACCUGCCUCAUGCCCUUGUGAUUGGUUAUCAAGGUUUACCAUCCUGCUCGCCAUAAGUCAUAAACCUACCUAGGGAUCAUGUCAGUUCAUUUCAAAGUCAAAGUAAGAGAUCAUUUCAAUGAUCUCGAUCUCAACACAUUUUUACCAGAUUUCAUCACACCUUUGCUCCUGGAGCUCAACGUGUAAGGGUUUUCUUUAAUCGAAUUCAGAUUCGAGUACCAUAUUGUUAGACAUGCACUUUAAAGUAAUAGAUUAUAAUUUACACCUUAGAGGGACAGGUGAAGAAGGGAAUUUCAACAUGGUUUGUAAGUACUCUUUCUUUCAGGCGGAAGGGCUAGAAGAACUAAAAUGGCUGCUGGAUCGGAGAAGUAAAGUAUAAGUAAAUACCCUUGCAGCAAUAGGCUGGUUUAAUUAUCUUCAAUCUCAGGUGCUUCGGCCACCAAUGUGAAGUGGAAAGCAUCUUCAACAUCAGCGGUGUCAUCAAGAGCUGGUAAUCCAAAGAAGGCUUUCAACCACUUGUCCGGGUCGGGGUCUGAUUUGUAGCUAGACUAACUUUGGUGAUGUAGGCCUACCUACCGGCACCAUGCCUGGGUGACGUGAAAUUGGUAAGCCUUUCUUUACUGUAGAAGAGGGGCAGAAAGACUUUUACAUUCAUCGUGCUGAUCUCCAGAUCCAGAUGAAUAAACUUGGGAUGGAAGUCUUCCAAUAGCUGCUUUGCAAAUUAUA